AUGGCAGCCCCAAGGAAAGCAGCUGGGGGGCCUUUGGUGGGGGCGGUGGUCCAGGGCACCAACUCCACUCGCUUUCUGGUUUUCAAUUCAAAAACAGCAGAACUGCUUAGUCAUCAUCAAGUGGAAUUAUCGCAAGAGUUCCCCAAAGAAGGAUGGGUGGAACAAGACCCUAAGGAAAUGCUUGAGUCUGUGUAUGAGUGUAUAGCGAAAACCUGUGAGAAACUUGGUGAAAUGAAUAUCGAUAUAUCGAACAUCAAAGCGAUUGGGGUCAGCAAUCAAAGGGAAACCACCAUCGUCUGGGACAAGAGAACCGGAGAACCUCUGUACAAUGCCGUGGUGUGGCUUGAUCUAAGAACGCAGUCUACCGUGGAGGCUCUGAAUAAAAAGAUUCCAGGAAAUAACAACUUCGUCAAGACGAAGACAGGCCUUCCACUGAGCACGUACUUCAGCGCUGUGAAGCUUCGCUGGCUGCUUGACAAUGUGAGACAAGUUCAACAGGCCGUUGAGGAAGGCAGAGCUCUUUUUGGUACCAUUGACUCAUGGCUCAUCUGGAGUUUGACAGGAGGAGUGAAUGGAGGUGUCCAUUGCACGGACGUAACCAAUGCAAGCAGGACCAUGCUUUUCAACAUCCAUUCUCUGGAAUGGGACCAAGAGCUCUGUGACUUUUUUGAAAUUCCAAUGAGCAUUCUUCCAAAUGUCUGGAGUUCCUCUGAGAUCUAUGGCCUGAUGAAAAGUGGGGCCUUGGAAGGUGUGCCGAUAUCUGGGUGUUUGGGGGACCAGUCCGCUGCGUUAGUAGGACAGAUGUGCUUCCAGGAAGGACAAGCCAAAAACACUUAUGGAACAGGCUGUUUUUUACUGUGUAACACAGGUCGCAAGUGUGUGUUUUCUGAACAAGGCCUCCUGACCACAGUCGCUUACAAACUAGGCAGAGAUAAGCCAGUGUGUUAUGCUCUGGAAGGUUCUGUUGCCAUAGCUGGGGCCGUUGUUCGUUGGCUGAGAGACAAUCUUGGAAUUAUACAGACCUCAGAAGAAGUUGAAAAACUUGCUCAAGAAGUGGGUACUUCUUAUGGGUGCUAUUUUGUCCCAGCUUUUUCAGGGUUAUAUGCGCCUUACUGGGACCCAAGUGCAAGAGGGAUCAUCUGUGGUCUCACUCAAUUCACCAAUAAGAAUCACAUUGCUUUUGCUGCAUUAGAAGCUGUUUGUUUCCAAACCCGAGAGAUUUUGGAUGCCAUGAACCGUGACUGUGGAAUUCCACUCAGCCAUUUGCAGGUAGAUGGAAGAAUGACCAAUAACAAAAUUCUUAUGCAAUUACAAGCCGAUAUUCUGCAUAUUCCAGUGGUAAAAUCCUCUAUGGCAGAAACAACCGCACUGGGAGCUGCCAUGGCUGCAGGAGCUGCAGAUGGAGUAGGCGUCUGGAGCCUCGACCCUGAGGACUUGUCAGCUGUCACGAUGGAACGUUUUGAACCACAGAUCCAGGCCACAGAAACUAAAUUACGUUACUCUACAUGGAAGAAGGCUGUGACAAAGUCAAUGGGUUGGGUUACAAAUCCUGAUGAUCCUUCAAUCUUCUCUAGUCUGCCCUUGGGUUGUUUUAUAGUGAGUAGCAUGAUAAUGUUAAUUGGAGCAAGAUACAUCGCAGGUAUACCAUAACAAUACCCACCAUGGAUUCCUAAGAUGUGAGUUUUUUACAUGAUGAAAGAACCCGCAAUUCCAUCUCUCAGUAUGAUGACACUAUUGUAGAUUGUGAUGUUAUUUAUAAACCUCUUGCUAUAUGUCCCAUGGACACCUGUGGCUUGAAAUAAAUAAAACACAAUAGAAAAGCAACU